AGAUCUCAACACCACCGCAUGUCUCUGCUGCAACUGCCGAGCGAGUCCACAGCGCCUCCAGUUCCAAAACUUUACGCAGAAACAACAACAAAGCCUUUACGCGUCAUGUUGGUUUGCUGAAAGGCGCGCAGAGCACGCACACAAGAGCGCACCUCUCGGAGAAGAUGGAUUGUAAGAAAAAGUUCGAGUCGACUUGUGCUCCGCUCUGAGCCGCUCUCCGGGACGGCGGGGGUGGGAAUGCCGUGCAAACUUUGAGCGUCUCGACAAAACUUUUCUCAACUCGGUUCAUGGAGUUUCGCGUCAAGUCCGAAGAGGCUUGUUUGCGCGUUGUGCGUUCAAUGGUGGUGCCAGCUCAGUCCUAGUUCACGGGAAUCAGACAAGCAGGCAAAGUUUUCCUCGGACAAACAGAAGAGUGAGUGGAAGAGCCUCGGGUUGGGAGUGAGCGAGGACGGCAGUGAAGGUUUUGACAGAAAUUGAAGUGCAUCAUGGAGACUUCAGCUCCAACAGCCACUGAGAAGAAGGAGUGUAAGGGUUCAGGUCUGGAUGGAAGCAGCUUCUCAGAAAUCCCAAAGAAGCCCUCGCCCACCACUCUGACCAGAGGUGCCCACCACCUCUUCCCGACGUUUCACACACCCAUUCCAAUUGACAUGAGACACCACGAGGGGCGAUACCAUUAUGAGCCACACCCACUCCAUGCCAUGCAUGGACCUCCAGGACUGACAGGCAGUCCAGUCAUCUCAGAUAUUCCCCUGAUCCGUCUGUCACCCCACGGGGCGCCGGGUUCGGGUGAAUCACCGUUCAGCCCUCCACAUCCUUACGUCAGCCCCCACAUGGAGCACUACCUACGCUCUGUACAUGGCAGCCCCACGCUCUCUAUGAUCUCAGCGGCCCGAGGACUGAGCCCUGCUGAGGUGACCCACGAGCACCUGAAGGAGCGCGCCCUGUUCAGUCUCCCUCCUCCACCACCAGGGGCCAACCCCACGGAGUACUACCACCUGAUGGCCAGUGCCAGCCAGCGGAGCCCCUACGGCGACCUGCUGAUGCAGAGCGGCGCAGCGGCGGCCGCAGCAGCAGCAGCGGCGGCGGCAGCUGCAGCUCAUCUACCAGAUUACAUCAGCCCCGUGGAUGUGUCCCGUUUCUCCAGCCCGCGGCUGACACCCCGACUGAGCAGGAAGAGGGCGCUGUCCAUCUCCCCACUGUCAGAUGCCAGCAUUGACCUGCAGACCAUGAUCCGCACCUCACCCAACUCCCUGGUGGCUUACAUCAACAACUCCCGCUCCAGCUCGGCCGCCAGCAGCUCCUACGGGCACCUGUCAGUCGGAGGGAUCAGCCCCUCGUUCAGCUUCCCUCAUCACAUCAACCCUGUGGCGUACCAGCAGCUGUUGUCCCAGCAGAGGAGUCUCAACGCCUUCGGCCACACGCCUCCGCUCAUUCAGCCAUCGCCGUCCUCUUUCUCUGCUCGCCAACACCCCCUCACUGUGUCAGCUAUGGCCACCUCCCACAACAGCUCCAGCUCAGAGGCAAACCAGAAUGCCAGUGGAGACCCAGCAGUGAGUAGCACAGUCAACCCACUCACCACUAAAAGGUCAAAGGUAAAGACAGAAGCAGAGGGUCCGCUGCCCAUCUCACCGUCCUCUCAGGACCACGGUGGGGGGAUCUUGGACCUGAGUGAGGAUCUGGAUAAAGACGAGUGCAAACAGGAGCCCGAGGCCAUAUAUGAGACCAACUGCCACUGGGAGGGCUGUAGCAAGGAGUAUGACACGCAGGACCAACUUGUUCAUCACAUCAACAACGACCACAUCCACGGUGAGAAGAAGGAGUUUGUGUGUCGCUGGGUGGAGUGUUCCCGGGAGCAGAAGCCCUUCAAGGCUCAGUACAUGCUGGUGGUCCACAUGAGGCGUCACACUGGGGAGAAGCCGCAUAAAUGCACAUUUGAGGGCUGCGCAAAAGCUUAUUCUCGCCUGGAGAACCUCAAGACCCACCUCAGGUCCCACACCGGGGAGAAGCCGUAUGUGUGUGAACAUGAAGGCUGCAACAAGGCCUUCUCCAACGCCUCAGACCGGGCCAAGCACCAGAACCGCACACACUCUAAUGAGAAACCAUAUGUGUGUAAGAUCCCGGGCUGUACCAAGCGCUACACAGACCCCAGCUCUCUCAGGAAGCACGUUAAGACUGUCCACGGACCCGAAGCCCACGUCACCAAGAAACAACGAAGUGACGUACCACCCAGACUGCAGCCACCCAAAGGCAACGGGGAGAAUGAGGCGAAUUCCAAGCUCAGUGCAAGAGGCGUGGACGGCAAGAUUGAGGCCAACAGCACCUCUAGAGGAGUGGAGGACUGCCUGCAAGUCAAAUCUAUCAAGACCGAGAACUCUAUGACAUAUCAGUCCAGUCCUGGUGGCCACUCAUCAUGUAGCAGCGAGCCAUCGCCUCUCAGCAGCACCAACAACAACGACAGUGGGGUAGAGAUGGCCAUGCACAGCGGGGGCAGCUUCGGGGACCUCAGUGCACACGAUGAGUGCCCCAUGGUUGACUCCACUGUUUCUGCUGGCGGACAGCAGGCUGGGAUGGGGCUUCAGAUGAGGAAAGCUGUGGGUCAUGGUUGCGCAGUUACCAUCAAGCUGGAGAACAUCAAGAAGGAAAGGCUGAAGACAGUGAGGGACUCCUGCCCAUGGGUCAACUCUGCACCACAGCCACUGCAGGGCCAACGCAACAACAUGAAGCUGCCUCCCAUACCUGCAGUCGGUUCCUUGCUGGAGAACUCCAACGUGAUAAGUAACUUAAGCGGUUCGUACCCUGGCCAGCGCAUGGGUGACCUGUCUUCAUGUGAAGUAACACUGCUAAACCAGCUGAAUGAACGCCGUGACAGCACUACCAGCACCCUCAGCUCAGCUUACACCAUGAGUCGGCGCUCCUCCGGCAUUUCACCCUGCUAUUCCAGCCGCCGUUCCAGUGAGGCGUCUCAGUUUGGAGGUAACAGGCACAACAAUAUCAGUUCUGCCGAUUCCUAUGACCCAAUCUCCACUGAUCUGUCUCGCCGCUCCAGCGAGGCCAGCCAGUGUGGAGGUGGUGGUGUCAGUGGAGGAGGCGGAGGAGGUCUCCCAAGCCUCCUUAGUCUGACACCAGCUCAGCAUUAUCGACUUAAAGCAAAGUAUGCUGCUGCCAUUGGUGGAGCUCCACCUACUCCUCUCCCGAAUAUGGAUCGAAUGAGCCUGAGGACCCGCAUGGCGCUCUACAGUGACUCUCAGGAAGGUUCAUCACACCUAUUCCACCAACCACCCUCUGGAAGUGUGCCUCGGCGAUGCAGUGAUAUUGGAUAUGGCUCACAGAGCAUGAUGCCCCAUGAGGUACCCAACAGCCUUCCACGCCGUGCCAGUGACCCAGUGCGUCGUCCCACACUGGACCCUCUCUCCUUUCCAAGGGUUCAGCGCUAUAACAGCAUGAACAGCAUGAAUCCCAUGAAUGGUCCAGCUGACCGCCACCAGGCACUGGCCAUGCAGGGAUACACUCGCUCUGACGGCAGUCUGCAACGCUACCCAUUCGCCCCCAGACCACCUAGCAUUUCAGAGAAUGUAGCCAUGGAAAACAUGGCAGUAGAUGGGAUGAUGAUUGAGCAGACUGGGGAGGAUGAUAUGGUGCUUCCAGAUGAUGUGGUGCAGUACCUCAGGUCCCAGAAUUCUGGCCCCUCAGGUCACAACUCGGGGCAAGUAGAUUACCAUUCCAACAGUCAGACUCAGGGCUACCAAACAGGCAUGCCCCCACCAGCAUCAUUUUAUGCACAGAGGAGAAUGGCCAUGGUGGAUGCCACAAUGACUCAGUCUGGUCAGGACAUGCAAUCCUGUCAGAUGGUUCCCAGUGGCUCCCAGCAGCCCUUCUCAGCACCAUUGGAAAACAUGAACAAGAACAACAUGCCGGUGCAGUGGAACGAGGUGAGCUCAGGAACUGUGGACACCACAACCAAGCUCUCCAAACCACAGCAGCAUCCUCUCAGAGGGAACCUAGCUGUUGCUCAGCAGAGGCACAAUUUUGGUUCCUUCCAGGGACAAGGUCAAGGCCUGGGCAGCAACCAGCAGGUAGUGCCUAUGAGUCAGAAUAUGUCUAUGCAGGGCUAUGUGAACCACAACAGCCAGAGGCUGAUGAACAUUUCCCACCAGCAGCAUCAGCAACAGAGGCAAUGCAACAAUGUGAACUUUAGUGAACAAAUGAGUCCUCAGCAAGGGUUUGGCCAAGAGGCAAUCCCAAAUUCUAUAUCUGGGAGCACUAGCAUGAGGCCUACUCGAAACAGUAUGGCAGAUCCAGAACUGCAAAGUUACAGAGCAAGGACACAGAUUGAUGGGUAUUCUCAUGUGAACCAAGUGGAUCCGCAGCAAAAUUACAGUGUUCUUUCACAGCAGCAGCAGCAUAAUAUCCAUAAUGGAGGCAGAGGAAUGUUACAACCCAGGCCUCCCACAGAACCCAAGUCCACUGCCAGACAACAUACAGGGUCUGGCAUGGUGCAACCGAGCCGAAUACCCAAGUUAUCUGAUUUGAGCCCCAGUCGUGGUACUGACACCUCAGAGGCGAGCCCAAAGAGGCCCAGUGGGUCAGCAGCCCACACCAGCAACUCUGAAAAUCCAAACACUGCUGUGUUCUACACAGGUCAGAUUCAUAUGUUUGAGCCAACUUCUGUCACCUUUGAUGCCCCCAUGUCCCCCUGUGCCAACCAGGCUCCUGCCAGCAACACCACUGCGCCAGUAAACAUGGCCUCACCAGGAGUCAACCUGGUCUCCAGCAGUACGGUGGAUUCUUCCACUGGUGGAUCUGGUGGCACGGAGCAUGCCCAGAUCGACUUUGACACCAUGCUAGAUGACGGGGACCACUCCAGCCUAAUGUCGGGCACCCUAAGUCCUGGCCUUCUUCAGAGCCUCUCCCAGAAUUCCUCACGUCUCACCACCCCCCGCAACUCUGUCACCCUUGCGUCUGUUCCGGCAGGGAUUGGCAACAUGGCCAUCGGUGACAUGAACUCUAUGCUCACAGCCUUGGCUGAAGAAAGCAAGUUCCUCAACAUGAUGAGCUGAGAGCAAACAAACACCUUAUCAUCCAUCCAGUCUUAACCAUUUCUACAUCAGGACAACACAAGAGAGCACUGAUUGAACAAUGCAAAACUGGCUAUUUCAUACAUUUCAUACAUGAGUUUUCCUCAUUGUCCAUAGUAAUGUGCUUAUUUUGUAAUAUUUGCUUCAGAUUAUAAUAUGUUACAUUAAAAAAAUUAUAGUAAGUAUAACUAGGGUCAAGGACAAUUUUCUAUCAUUAUUUGUUAAAAAGCCAUACAUUUUACCAACAAAUAUAUGAUAGCCCAGGGUAUAUAAAUGCAUCUACAACCAAUUGCCAUUCAGUAUUUGCUUGUGUAAUAGCCCUUUACAAAUUGGUGCACUGAAAACAGUUCCCAUAGUACCUUGCUGAGGACAUCAUCUGAGAACGACAUGAAAACAGAGUUACAAGGAAAUGGACAAGAUAUGUAGAUAACAGAUCAUAUUUUCUCAUGAAGACUUUAUAUGUAUAGAUUAUACUGUAUGGUACUUGCUUUAAGUUAUGCUAUAGACUUUUGAUGUUUAAACUGGGGCUGUCAAAGGUAACAGUAACAUGUGAACACCCACUAUUAAUUCAAAAAGGUAAUAAUGAUUACAUUUUUAAACUCUAUCACAUUGUUCAUACAUGUAUAAAUUGGUACAUGCCUAUUAUUACAAAAACACUAACUGCUAUUGCAGUUUUUACAAUAUAUGCACAUACACAUGCAUAUAUGCUAUUGUAGCAGCCUGUCUUGUGCACAACCUGUUUUGUGCUGCUUUCAAUGACGCCUAGAUUUUGCAACGAAGGUUAUUUGUAAAUCUGAGCAAAUUUCUUGAAAUAGAGAAUGCAAUUAACACCAUUCAACAAGAAGUUUGUGACUAAUUGUAAUUCACAAAAUGAAGAAUUUGGCAGCCCUAGUUUAAACACGUGGUUGAUCAACAUUAUGAUCCACAGAUAUUAAGUGCUUUUUGAUCAUAGUCUGAGCUCCUGGGGAUGGCACUGUAAAAUCAGAUUUCCUUCUCUGCCCUCUGCAUCAGAAGCGUUAACUCUCCAUGGUCCCAUCUCACAAGGGUAAAUGAUUGAAAAGGACAAGGAUAUGCCUCCGUGUUAAGUCUAUCAGGGCACAUGAACCCCUGUGUCUGAUGAGGAGCAUUCUCUGAAAGAAUAUACAAGUACCUCUGUGUGUUCUCAGUAGAGAUCCAAUCCUAAUUAACACAUUCAUACCACCCCCCCACCCCAGCGCUGCACCCCAUACUUCCCCUGGGCUCUGGAUGAACUGCAGAGAGUCCAGGAAGGGACACAGACUUUGAUAAUGAAAUCCUGUUUCGGACAGGAUUGCUGAACUAGCCCUGCAAAUUCCUCAGUUUUAUUAUGUUUGCUGAAUUUCUAAGUAGCCUUUAAAAUGUUUGUGUAUGCUACCAUUCACUUUUACUAUGCUCAGUGUGUGUGGGUUUGUGUGAGUGUGUGUAUAUAG